UUUUUCCCUAUUUCGCUCUCUUUUUCAAAAAAACAAUUUUUUUACAAUUUCUCAUAAUUUAAGCUAAUUCAAAAUGGUCGCCGAUAUCACUGGUCUUUCUUUCGGCAUACUCAUCGUUUUGGGCGGAGUUAUUGGUUUUUUGAAAUCCAACAGCAUAGCUUCGCUAAUCAGUGGGCUGGUCUUUGGCGCACUAAUUGCUGUCUCCACGCAAUUUGCAGCCACUCAUUCGAACAGAUACAACCUUCUUCCCGCUGCAGUCUGCCUCGCACUCUUCUCAUCAUGGGAAGCCUUUAUGCCUGGCGGCAUGGUGACCUUUUCCAGCCUGUUCAUGGCCAUCCGUUACAUUAUAAAAUAUUUCUAGCACUUAUUUUUUUGUUUGUUUAUUUAUUUCCAUAUAAAACAUUUUUAUUUAUUUAUUUCAUUUCAUGUUUUUGAGCUGGGCCAACAGCUCGACUUUCUUCACUAGCCUCUGCUGGACCUCGCCAAUGGCAUUUUCAAGCUCCGUGUGUGCUCCCUGAACCAUGGUGUGUGCCUUGGUGUUGGGAACUUGGAUAAAAAGUCGCCCAUGUUGACCGUGGUCGUGGCCAUUCGGCUACUGGGCUUCACCUUUUUCAUUGCCUCUGCCAGCUUGUCCAGUGCUUGGCUGUUCUCCUGGAGCUUGCGGCCAUACUCUUCCAAAAGCUGCUUGUCUGUAAGUAUGUCCUCGGUGAGCGCUUCAAUCCUAGCCAGGCGUUCGACGGCUUCCAUUGUUGUGAUGUGGGUAUAUCAAAAUAUAUAGUUGCUUUUUAAAUAAAAAAAGCAAAAUAAAAUG